AUGCCCGUCCUAGACAUCGCCGUCGCCUUGCUUCCGUACUGGCGUUCAUGUCUGUGGCGGCUGCCGUCUCUGCUAGAUGCGUUGAUCUCACCUGCUCCGUUCCCUGUGCAGAUGCAGGGCGUGCGGGUAAGACCUAAAGCUGAGCUCUCUGGCGGACGGUUGUUCUGCUGCAAGUGCGGCACCCACCUCCACGUGCGGGCGCUCCGCCUCUUCUUGCGCCGGACGCGGUUGCUGUGCUGCAAGUGCGGCGCCCACCUCGGUUACGGCUACCACGAGCAUGACACCACUGCCGACAGCAAGGCUCCCCGGAAUGGAUUCCAGAAGAUUGACAAGAUCAAGGACUCUAACAGGCAGUCCAAGCAGCUGGAGGAGCUCACUGGGAAGAUGAGGGAGUGCAAGCGGAUACAUGUCGCAUGGGUGAGAUCAGAAGGUCCAGGUCAUUGUUUGGCAAUGUAUCUGUGGCUUACGCUGAAAACUUCCUCUCAUAAUGAUGGUUGCUGUGUGACCUUAUCAGUGGUUUAUGUUGGAAGCAAGCAUGUUUUUUGAUAACUUCUUCUACGCUGGUGACUGUUGGCUGAAGUUAUUUCAGUGCGAGAACUGAGCUAUACUUCAAGUGUAUCUCUGCUGUAAUCAUUAGCAUCAGACCCAUGCUAUGUACGGAAACUGUGUCAACAUAAUAUUAUUUCCAGGGAGGGUUGCAGGUAAUUAUUCUUCAAAA